UCUGUGCGGCUCACUACUGCAGCACUUUCCCCCCUGGAGCCUCCAGCCCUUCUGAUGGAGUCUGGGAUCAUUAUUACCAGGUAACCAUUAAGUCCUCCUCUAUCCCUUUAGAGAGUCCGAUUAUACCACGUGAGAGGAGGGUUUACACCUGGUAUGACACACGAAUAGAGCUGUAGGUGGAGUCUUGAAGGAGUGCAAAGGUUGUGAGGGAUGCUAGCGUGUGAUUAUGGAUAAUCCCUCCUUAAAUAAUCCUGAGCAAUGAGCCAACGGUGUUUAGGACGACUGGACAAGAGGACAGGACACUGUCUCCUGUUCGGGCUCAACUAAGACAAAUACAAGAGAAGGGACGUCUUCAUCAGAGAGUAUCUGAGGACUGCUUUUGUAAAACCCAGGAUGAAUUUUGCGGCUCAGUUUUUUUAUGCUAACUUUGCAAAUGAUGGCUCAGCGCCACCACAAGAGACGAGGAGGCGCUUCAGUGACAGCGAGGAAUAUGAUCCCUUCUGGCAGAGUAUGGAGCAACGGAGAGGCUCCACCAAACCAGACUGCUCCUUCCACAGCGGCCCGUGCCACAAAGACGGGCACAUUGGUAAUGGCCGCGUGGGCCGCCGCUCAACUCUUAUCUGCCCAGAACGCCUCAAAGAUUUUGGAGCUGAAGAAUACCUCAAUGGAGAUGUGAAGGUCUUUGAGACCAAAGUUACGGAACCAGCUGAGGUCCAGUUAAUGUCUACACCGAAACCUUCCGUUAAGAAAGGCAGUGAGAGCAAGUCUGCAUCUAAACCUCCACCUGAGUAUCUGCGCUUUGAGGACAUCAGCGCUGCUGCAUUUAAACUCCAACAGUCAGGAAUUCAGAAAACGCCCUGCACCUACUCUCGGCUGUCCAAACAGUACGGGAUGGAAAUCUAUCUGAAAAAAGAGCAUCUCCAUUACACUGGUUCCGUGAAGGAAAGAGGUGUUCUCUAUCUGCUGUCCUCACUCAAACAGGAGCAGCAGAGGAAAGGUGUGAUUGUGGCCACAGACUGUAACUUCUCAAUGGCCGUGGCAUAUCAUGCCGUGGAGAUGAGAAUUCCAGUGUUUGUCAUCAUGCCGGCAUAUAGUUCUCCUCCACGCCUUCGUAUGUACAGAGACUAUGGCGCCAUGGUGAUCUCAUAUGGCAGCACUGCCCGAGACUCUACGAACCACGCACGGCACCUCGCCAAAGAGAACGGAUACCUGUGUCUAGAGGAAGAGGACAGCGCGGUGUAUCUGGCAGGUCUGGGUACAGUGGGCAUGGAGAUAUACGAACAGGUGCCCAAACUGGAUGCAGUCAUCGUGCCUGCGGGCGGACACUGCGGUCUACUGGCAGGAACUGCAGCUGCCAUCAAACACCUGAACCCUCGAAUCUCUGUCAUAGGCGUUGAACCUGAGGAAUUUCCCCUUUUACUGCAGUCACUCAAAACAGACUCUCCCAUUAAGGAUCUGUACUGUAACCCCAAUAAGAAACUCUACAGAGAUUUAGUGGAUCACUCUUUGGGUACACAUAUCUUUCAGCUGGCCAAGAAAAUGGUGGACAAAGUCAUUUCCGUCAGGGAGGCAGAUGCUCUGGUGGCCAUGUUGCGGUUUCAGGAGUAUGAGCGCUCGACUGUCGAUAUGGAAGGAGCCAUGGGUUUGGCAGCCAUCUUGGCAGGACAACUGCCACAGCUUAAAGGCAAAAGGGUGGCAGUGGUGGUGAGCAGUGCUAAUAUGGAGCUGGACCUGGUUCUGCAGUGUGUGGAACGAGCUCUAGUUCUGGACGAUCGGGUCAGUCGAUUCACAGUGCAGUUGGGGGACUGGCCUGGAGACAUGGCCAAACUCCUGGACACACUCGCACGAGAGGAUGUCAGGUUGCUGGAUGUUUGUCACAGACGGUUCAGUGAUAAAGCAGAGCUCUUUAAAGCACAGGUGGAGUGUGUAGUUGAAACUCGUGAUAAAACUAAAAACUGUCAGCUGCGCCGGACACUUUCUGACCGAUACCCAUCACUGCGCUGGCUGGACAGAUGAUCAACAGACACUCACUCACGCAGACACACUCACACACACUCACUCACACACACAUUCACACACUCAGACACAUACACUCUCACACUCACUCACACACACACUUACACACACCCUCACACACUCAGACACACACACUCUUACACUCACACACACACACACACACACACACACACACACACACACACACACACACACACAGACACUCAUUCACACACACACUCACACAUUCAGACACACACACUCUCACACUCACACACACUCACUCACACACACACUCACACACACACACACACACUUAGACACAUACACUCUCACACUCACACACACUCUCACACUCAGACACACACUCUCACAAUCACUCACACACACACACUUACACACACACACACACUCACAGACACUCACUCACUGACACUCACUCACACACACUCACACACACAAAGACACACUCACAGACACUCACUCACACACACACACACACACACACACAGACACCCUCACACACACUCCAACUCUCACACACUGACACACACAGACACCCU